GUUCACGGUGAGCGAGGGAGGACGCGUGUGAGAGCGUCUCCUCCCCCCCCCGACACUAGAUCAACAGGUAUCAAGAGUCCGUCCGUAUCUUCCUCCACCCAGGCAGGAUGCACGAGAGAUGAGCUCGGCGGUGACCUCUCCGCCCGGUGACUUCCCGGCGGAGGUGACCAGCGGGGACGUGCUGAACUGGAUGACGGAGACGGCGCUGCGUGUAGGCGUGGUGGGCGUGGUAGCCGGCAACGUGGACCAAGAUCUCCUCCUCCAGCAGCCGCAGGAGGACGGGGCGGGCAUGGAACCACAGCACCACCCUCACCAGACGCCGCUCUACCCGAGUAACACCACCGAACAACAGACGAUACCGGAACAGCAACACUGGAACCGCCUGGGGAUGCUGCUCCUCGUCUCCACGCUGGCAGCUCUCGGCACCCUGGGCAAUAUCUUCGCCAUCGCCGCUGUCAUGACGGAAGACCACCUCAAGAAGAAAGGGAACGUGUUGGUGGUGAACGUGAUGUUGGCUGGGCUGGUGGUGAGCUCGGGUGUACUGCCGUCGUGGGUGGUGGCACUGCUUGCUGGUUGGUCACGGCCGACACCCGUGUGUUGUGCAUCAUGGCUACUUACCACCCUGGCCGCCCACGCCACCCUGCUUACUUUACCGUCCCUCGCCUGGGAGAACUCGGCACGGGUAGCGGGUCGUAGUGUGGGCGUGGCGAUGCUGGCCGUCAUGGUGGGCGUAUCUUGGGUUUCUGCGCUCGUCAUCACCAUCACACAAUGGAUGACGGGCCUGGCGCCCAUGCAUUGCGCCCAAGGACCCCCGGCCCGCCCCUCCUCCCACAUGGCCUUCACGUCGGCAGUGGGUGUGGCACUGGUGGCGGUGCCGCUGGUGACAGCUCUCAGUAUACACACACACACACUGCUGGCGGGGCGGGGAGGACCCAGGCGCCCCAUGCCCCCCACCAUGAAGCCCCCGCAGGCCCUCACGCGGGAUCUGGCCCUCACCGGCACCAACCUGGUGGUGACGGCGGCGGCCGGGGGAUGCUGGGUGGCCGGUGUGGCCGGGGACUGGUGGACAGACGACCCUCUGAGGACGGGCGUAGCCUGGUUACCCAUCGUGGCCGCCACGGCCUCCAGCUUCAUCUACGCCGCCCACAAGCCCUUCCGUGAGGCCUACGUCCAGCUGUUCCACUAUUGCUGCUGCAAGACCUCCGUCUCACUCUCCCGCCGCGGUCGGGGUGGGGAGGCCGCAGCAGCGGCGGCCGCCGCCGCAGCAGCAGCGGCGCGACCAGCCAGUGACGUACGCGUGCAUAUCAUCCCAGGCUACAACAUGUACACUACCGCCUCCGCCCGCGAUCACCGCCCACCCACCCACGCCCACGCCAAGAUCCCCAGGAGCAAGGAGUCGCGCCGCCCUAAACACCAUCACAAGAAAGACGUGUACGAGCUGUAGAUCCUCCACCCACCACCCUCACUCUCCUCCAGUGAUCCUUAACCCCUGUGCUCCCUCCCCACACCCGUCCACCACAACACCCUCCUGUCCUCUCCCUCCCUCUACCCAUCUGUCCCUCAGUCAGUCACCGUCCUGCCCAACACCUCCCAUAAAUUACAGCCAACCACACACACACACACUACAGAACGUAACACGUAUCAUCCAUCACUACUACAGAACGUAACACGUAUCGUCCAUCACCACUACAGAACGUAACACGUAUCAUCCAUCACUACAGAACCUAAUAUAUGUCAUCCAUUUUGACCACAUAACCAUCUGCUUGAGUACGAUGGCUUAAACCCUGAGUACAGUGUCAUCUUCCUCAAAAGUAUAUGCUAUCGUACUCAAGGAGCUCAGUCAUAGUACUCACGGAGUUUGGGUUUACAAGAGCAAUUGAAAUUGUUUUGUAUAUUUAAUGUCAUUAUUAUUAUUAUUAUUAUUAUUAUUGUAUUGUUAUUAUUAUUAUUAUUAUUAUUAUUAUUAUUAUUAUUAUUAUUAUUAUUAUUAUUAUUAUUAUCUUAAUAAUUCUUCAUUUGUGUUUAUAUUCACUAUACAUCAGAUGCUAUGAACAUUCUUCCUUUGUUUAUAUGCGAUUAAGAAACAAGUGAGCAUCAGGUUCAGUGAGUUAAGUCCGUAUUCAUAGUGUUUAUAAACUUAACCGACAUGAGAUCCAAUAUAAGGAUUUGUUGUCCCUCUCUUACAACUCUCUAUGUCAACUUGAUGUGGAAUAUAAGGCGUAUAUACAUAAAUGUGAGUAUUUACAGUUUAUAUACACGUAUCCAUGUCAUAUAUAUAUCCACAGUACCUAAUCAUACGCCAUAUUUCCUUGCGCCCGUUUUCGGAACCUUGGCGCGAUUUCUAGACGUGGACAGAACAGUUUGGGAAUUUUGUAAUAUGGCGGAUUAUUAUGAUAUGGUUUUUAGAUAUUCAAUUUAACCUGACCAUCUCAAAUAGCAGACCAAUCACGUGUCAGAUAGCCCCCAACCAAUCAUAUAUCAGAUAGCCCCCAACCAAUCAUAUAUCAGAUAGCCCCCAACCAAUCAUAUAUCAGAUAGCCCCCAACCAAUCAUAUAUCAGAUAGCCCCCAACCAAUCAUAUAUCAGAUAGCCCCCAACCAAUCAUAUAUCCUAAUUAACGAUGACGAUAACACAAUCUGAUAAUUGACGAUGAUGAUAAUGUAAUAAUGGUGAUGAAGAUAAUGUGUAUGAUGAUAAUUUGUACAACAUAUGGGUGAUAGUAUGUCACCUGUAUGUGUUUUGUUAUACAGGUGACACAACUCCCAAUUAGUGUACUGUAGACUGUGUACAUUAUAACCCAGAUGACGUAGAGGAUUAAGUCAACCAAUUAACAGUUAUAUAUGUAUUAAGGGGUUUAAAUAUGGCAUGAAACGAAGACUACACACACACACACACACACACACACACACACACACACACACAUAUAUAUACACACACACACACACGUACGUUCCAAAAAUCCAACCAUGCAUAAUAUUGAACCCCUUGCUAUGGUCUCUUUAACUCUUUAAGGACGAUGGUUUAACAAAACUCUCUUAAAAUAUUUAUCCCCCUUCAAGAUACCUUAAACCAUCGUCCUCAAAGGGUUUAAAUAUAUAUAAAAUGGUUUAAUCUCCUGCAUUUUGAACAACUUAUGGCUAUUUUUGUGAAGUAUGAUACGUAGUAGAGGAAGAAAAAAAAAUACUGAUGUAAUUGUGUUAAGUACAAAGUUAUUUUUUCAUCUGUAGUUGACUUUAGGAAGGUAGGUGAAUACAGUACUAUAGAGAGUUCUUAUUGUGGACUCACUUGGGCGUUGGGAAGUGGUUGAACCGAUCUGUAUAAGGAUGUGUAAUACUAUGUGGGUUCGUUAUAAGCUAUGGCAAUUCGUUAUAAGCUAUUGCAAUUCGUUAAAAGCUAUUGCAAUUCGUUAUAAGCUAUGGCAAUUCGUUAUAAUCUAUGUUAAUUCGUUAAAAGCUAUGGCAGUUCGUUAAAAGCGAUAGAAUUUCAUUUAAAACUACAACCAUUCUUAAAAACUAUGUCCAUGGUUUUAAAAUCUAUUUCCAACGGUAAAAAAAGCUAUGUUAGUUUGGUUAAAAAGGUAUUCAACAAUUAGCUGAAAGGUUUAUCUGGUAGGUAUAGCUUUGAUAGGCUGUCAAGACCCUCAUGGCAAAGUAGCUUUAAAACAUAUCAAGUUACUCAAAAGACAUGCCAAGCUAUAAAUCACGUCAGGUACUCAAAAGCUAUGUCAGUCGAAAGCUGUGUUCUCUCUAUAGCUGAAAAGGUGUGUCUAGUGUAGUGAAGAGUUGAUUGGAGACUUUUUAACGGGUGUGGGGUAAUGAACAGGUGUGUAGUAGUGGACAGGUGUGUAGUAGUGGACAGGUGUGUAGUAGUGGACAGGUGUGUAGUAAUGGACAGGUGUGUAGUAAUGGACAGGUGUGUAGUAGUGGACAGGUGUGUAGUAAUGGACAGGUGUGUAGUAAUGGACAGGUGUGCCCAGUAGAGUAGACCAAUGCAGGAAGGAAACACGGGAAAGAACUCCUCGCUUUCACUCCACUUGACUGAAACUUCGCAAGAGACUGAAAGAAAAAAAAACACGAACCUCAAAGAAAACUAAAAAAAAAAAAAAAGAA